CGGCUUUUUACGUAAAUUCGAAAACCGGAAAUUUACAUUCGUGAACGAAAACUUCAAAGAAAAAAAAAACAAUAUGGUAAAAACAGUAACAUAAGAUCUGCUCACAUAAAAAAUGGAUGAAGCAUUACACUUGAGAAAAUCUAGACCGAAAUCUAAAAAUAGAUCAAGUAAAAAACGCAGACAUUCUUCAUCAUGUGAUAGCUCCAGCUCAGACUCAAACUCUGAGGAUGAAAGUAGCACAAGUACAUCAUCAAGAUCUAGUUCAGAAUCUUCACCACAUCGUUCAAAGAAAAGGAAAAAGUCACAUUCAAAAUCCAAGAAGGAUUCUAGUUCUAGUGCCAAAAAAAUUAGGCGAUCUUCUAAAUCAAAGAAAAGGAAGAAAAGAUCAAGAUCAUCAUCUUCGUCAUCUUCCUCGUCUGAAUCAACAUCUCGAAAGAAAAAACUGAAGAAGAAGAAGAAACAGAAAAAGAAAAAACACACCAAAACUAAAAGUGACAAGACAAAAGCUUCUAAAGUGACUUCUUUUCCUGAUGCUGGGAAGAUUCAACAACCACCAGUAGAAGACGUUCCAUCUGGACGCAAGGCAGGUCCUAAACCUCGUGUCAUGAAACCCAUGACCAAAGAAGAGUGGGACAAGCAACAGAGUGUCAUUCGAAGGGUUGUGGAUGAGGAAACGGGAAGAGAGAGGUUAAUUAAAGGUGAUGGUGAAAUUCUUGAAGAAAUUGUUAGUCGAAGCAGACACAAUGAAAUCAAUAAGAUGGCAACUAAAGGAGAUGGAGACUUCUAUGCAAAACGCAUGGGCCUGAUGUAAUGGUUUGUUAAAAGUUUGUUGCUGACAAGAUCAUUAGACUACAUCACAAUGUUGUACACACUGUAACAGUCUGAAUUGGUCAUCUCAAGAAAUCCUUUGCUUUCUUUUUUCUAUUUACACUAAAUGUGGUGUAUGGACUUUCUGUCAAAUUUUUUUUUUUUUAGUUUUUGUGGUAGAUAUUUUCCAUCUCUUGGCAACAAAAUGAGUUUUCAAAAUAAUAAUAAUUAGGUUUUGGGAUUGGAUUAUGGUUGCAUAAAUAUAAUUUUUUAUUUUUUUUUUGGUUGAGCUUGUUAUUUAUCCUGGUUUAAUACAUAGAAUCAAACAGCAUCUUAAUUUUCUCUAAGCUUCUUCAUGGUGCUCUAAAACUUGACAUUCAAUUUAGCAUUAUAUUUUACUGGACAGCAUAAUGUAGACAUUUAUCUUAUAAUUUGUUUUACUUUUUAUUUGGUCUUUGUUUUACUAUUGGUCUCUCUAACCAGGUCUCUUGACCUUAUCUCCUUUAUUUAUUUUAUUUGGACUUGGGUCCAUCUAUGCCUAGUUAUUUUUAAAUGGUGAGAGAACAAAUGUCAGAAUAUCACUGCUUUGAUAUGGUUAAUUAUGUGUUAAUUGUUUCAUAUCUUAUGCUAUAAAGUUGACAGUUAUGUAUGUAUAUGUUCAUGUGACACUUUUAUUCUAAUGCUUAUUAUUUUUAAUAAGUCCAUGAUUUUAGGUACAGAAAAUGUUCUUGUCAAUUAAUAAAUCAUUUUAAGCAAUCUAA